CGUAACCAGAUCCCAUAAUCGGCGGGGCGAAACCAUCAGGGAGGCGCAAUGCUGACGUGGAAUGGAAUAUUCGAAACGCGGAGAAGAUCCAGCUCGCUUUUAGCUUCCUUCAUUUUUUUUUGUCGUGAGAAAAUCUGAAACUGGCUCUUCGUACUGUUCUCGUUGCCGACGUCCCUAGCCUCCCGGACUCCGUUUACGGAUUAUCCGACGGUAUGAGUCCCUCCGGUUUAGAUUUGAGCGAACCGAAACCGUUUAAGAUGCCUGGAUUCUCUGUGAUUGGACACAGAGGAAAUGGUAUGAAUGUGUUGCAGUCUUCUGAUCGGAGAACCAGAGGUUUUAAAGAAAACUCUAUCCUCUCUUUCAAUUCUGCAGCCAAGUUUCCCAUCGAUUUCAUUGAGUUCGAUGUUCAGGUGACAAAAGAUGAUUGUCCAGUCAUUUUUCAUGAUGAUUUCAUCUACUCUCAAGAGAAUGGUAUUGUUAAUGAGAGUAGAGUGACUGAUUUGAGCCUCUCUGAGUUUCUCCUCUAUGGACCUCAGAAAGAAGCUGAGAAAACAGGCAAGACCCUUAUGAGGAAAUCCAAAGAAGGUCAGGUUUUGAAAUGGGAAGUUGACUCUGAUGACCCCCUUUGCACGCUACAAGAAGCUUUCGAACGAGUUGAGCAUUCUCUAGGGUUCAAUAUCGAGUUGAAAUUCGAUAAUCAGGUUGUCUAUGAGCGAGAGUUUCUCGUCCAUGUCUUGAGAACAGUUCUGCAGGUGGUGUUUGAUUAUGCUCAAGACAGACCAGUGAUCUUCUCAAGUUUCCAACCAGAUGCAGCACAGCUUGUUAGAGAACUGCAGAACACUUACCCUGUUUUCUUUCUGACUAAUGCGGGGAAUCAAAUGUUCAAAGACGAGAGAAGAAACUCACUGGAAGAAGCCAUUAAAGUUUGCUUGGAAGGAAAGCUACAAGGUAUUGUUUCAGAGGUUAAAGGAGUUUUCAGAAACCCAUCAGCCAUUGCCAAGAUCAAAGAAUCUAACCUUUCUCUUCUCACAUACGGCAAACUCAACAAUGUGGGAGAGGCUGUGUACAUGCAAUAUGUGAUGGGGAUUGAAGGAGUGAUUGUAGACUUUGUUGAGGAGAUUUCUGAGUCAGUGACGCUCAUGAUGAUAAGACCACCAUCACCAUCAUCACCAUUACCAUCACCAGAUUUAAAGGAUAAUGUUGCAGCCAUUACAAGACCUGAGUUUUCACAAAAGGAGAUUGAUUUUCUUCUCAAGUUUCUCUCACAGUUGAUACAGCAUUAAUUGAUUUCAUUAUUACCUAUGUUUUUUUUUUCUGAUCGAAUAUCUUUGUAUCUUUUCUUUCCUUUAUCAUGUGAUUUAUUUUCCUUUAGGAGUUUGAUUUUCUUUCUACUUUUUUCUUCUUCUUCUGAUCUGAGUGUCUUGCUCCAAUAGCUAAACUAAUUUACAUAGAUUGAUUUUAAAAAAUA